AUGGAUGCCGAUGUCGAUGCGAUUGACAUCGAUGAUGGUGAUGACGAAGAUGCUGGUAUAUUCAGCAUCGUCGACAAAUGCCACAGUGAGGACGAUGACGCCCUCACUGGUAAAGACAACGUCCUUUCAGCAUUGCGCACAAAGAUCACUUCUCACAACAAGGACAAGCCAGCAGAUUAA